AUGAUAAGGCGACAAGCACGCGAGCGCAGAGACUAUCUCUACCGCAAAGCCCUCCAGCUCAAAGAUGCCUCGAUUGCAGAACGAAGAGCGAAGCUGAAGCAGUCUCUGGCCUCGGGGAAGCCUCUGGAUCCGUCGAUUGCCAACGAUAGACGGCUGAGGGAAGAUUUCAAGUACGACGAGUCUCUCCCUACGGGGGACCCAAAGGCGAAGGGAGCAGCGGAAGAUAUUGAUAUCGACGAUGAAUAUGCGGUCACUUCAGGACUGGUCGACCCGCGGCCGCUUGUUACGACAUCGCGAGACCCGUCGUCCCGCCUGAGUACGUUUGCGAAGGAGAUACGGUUGCUCAUGCCCACCUCUAUACGGCUGAAUCGAGGAACGCUGGUGCUUAACGACCUGGUGGCCAGCGCAAGUGCUUCGGCACUCAGUGACAUGGUCAUUCUACAUGAGCAUAGAGGAACUCCUACGGCUAUAACGAUCUCGCAUCUGCCUCAUGGCCCUACUGCCAGCUUUUCACUGCAUAAUGUUGUCUUGCGAGCUGACAUCCCUAACGCCGCGAGAGGGACGGUUUCAGAGAGCUAUCCACACCUGAUAUUCGAAGGGUUCACAACCAAGUUGGGCAAACGAGUUGUUCAGAUCCUAUCUCAUCUGUUCCCUCCUCGGGAAGCAGGGAAGGUCGGAAGUAGGGUGGUCACCUUUAAAAAUAUCGAGGACAGCAUCGAGGUACGGCACCAUGUCUUUGUCAAGACUGGGUACCAGGACGUCGAACUGGCAGAAGUUGGUCCCCGGAUGACCAUGCGACUGUUUGAGAUCAAAGGAGGCACCCUGGAGAAGGGCGCCGGAGGAGAUGUCGAAUGGGCGCUGACCCAGUACACUAGGACGAGCAAGAAGAAGGACUACUUAUGA